ACCUACAUAAGACAUAACUUGUCAAGGCUCCGCCCCUUCCUGAGGUUUUCCUGUAAUCACAAGUCCUUCCUCCUUGACUUGAACUUAAAAAACAUCCAGGAAGCCUCACUCAGAUUAAACUGCCAGGAUCUGAUGAGAGAUCAGAGUGUAGCAGGAACUUUGGAUGCAUGAAGCCAGAAGAAAUGCCUCCAAAAUCUCUGGACUUGUGUUGCCCCAUCUGUAAGGACAUCUUCAGAGACCCUGUUGAUUUGCUCUGCAGCCACAGCUUCUGCAGAGAGUGUUUGAAUAACUGGUGGAAGGACAAAAUAACCCCAAACUGUCCGAUCUGCAGGAGAAUAUCAUCAAUCGACAAUGGCAUUUCUAGAGAGGUUUGCUGCCGGCUGCAUGGUGAGAAAUUCAAACUGUUCUGUGUGGAUGACAAGGAACUUUUAUGUCUCGUCUGUCAGCAUUCAGUUGAUCAUUAUGGACACAAACUCCAACCUGUUAAUGAAGUAGCUCAGGGUCGGAGAAAUGAGCUGCGAAAGGCCCUGGGGCCGCUGCUGGACAAACUGAAGGUGUUCAAAGAAGAGAAGGGAAACCUGGAUCAGACAGCUGAACACAUUAAGCUCCAGACCCAACAAACCGAGACACGGAUCAAGGAGCAGUUCAAGAAGCUUCAUCUGUUUCUCCACAAGGAGGAACACUCCAGGAUUGCUGCUCUGAGGACAGAAGAAAGCAAGAAGACUCAGAAGUUAAGCCUAAAGAUCGACGCCCUGAGUAGAGAGAUCGCUGCUCUUUCACGGACAAUAAAAGACACAGAGGGACUGAUAAAGGCUCAGGAUGCCGAAAUGCUGCAGAGCUUCAGGACUGCUGCAGAAACCAUCCAACAGCGCCUCCUGCUGGAGAAUCCUCAGCCUGUCUCUGGAGCCCUGGUAGAUGUGGCCAAACACCUGGGCAACCUGAGCUUCAACAUCUGGAACAAGAUGAAGCAUCUGGUGUCCUACACUCCUGUGGUUCUGGAUCCAAACAGCGCCAACUUUGAGCUCAUCCUGUCUGAAGACCUGACCAGCGUGAGAUGCGGCCAGAAGCAGAACAUUCCCGACAACCCGGAGAGGUUCGACUUCUUCCGCAUCGUCCUGGGCUCGGAGGGCUUCAUGACGGGAACCUACAGCUGGGACGUUGAGGUCGGAGACAACACAGACUGGUUUGUGGGCGUGGCCUCGCAGGACGUCCAGAGGAAAGGAAUUCAUCCGACUCGUCUGUGGAGAAUCGGAUGCCUGAAAGGUAAAUAUGUGGCCCGGGCCCUGUCGGAACCGUCCACGGUUCUGCCGGUGAGCGGACAGCUCAGCAAGAUCAAAAUCAUUCUGGACUGGAACCGAGGGAAGCUGAUGUUCCUCAACCUCAACACCAACACCGUCAUUCACACCUUCACUUGUUCCUUCACUGAGAAGCUGUUUCCUUACUUUAACUCUGCGCAUGCGUCCCCGUUGAAGCUGAUACCUGAAAAUGUGUCUCUCAGGUUGAGUUAACCAGACAGUGAAGCUGCUAAAACCUCCAGCCGCUUUAAGAGGAUUAAUGCAAUGAUACCGAAACAGAACAGAAAGGAUUCAACUCUCUGAUUGUAUUGUUAAAAAAUGCUUUUACUUUGUUUUGUCUUAAUAUUUCUACCACAUUUUAUU